UUUUAUUUAACAUUUAUUGUUAGAUUUUAUUUUGAAAUUUUGCUGAUAGCGUGACACGUUUAAUUUAGCUUGGGUUAUGAAUGGAAUGUAUCGUUAGGGUGGAGCUAUAAAGGAAACUUUUUUCUCUCUUUGUUUUAAGAUAGAACGCAUAAGAGGAAUAGUGGGAGAAUUGAGAAGAACCCAGUGAUCACGGUUGAUUUACUGAACGAUAAACUUGACAAUGAUAAAGCAUUGUACUGGAUGUAGAGUUUCCAUGCAUGUACUAUAUGCUACUACAUUUUAUCUUAAUUAUGUGGUGGGCAUACAGGUGACCUCCACAGGGCCACAGACAAUCAAGAAACCUCAGGGAGCAGAUAUUAUUUUGGGCUGUACCUACAAUGAGAGCCCAUCUGACACUGGGCAGCUGGAUGUUGAAUGGUCCAUUGUUAGUCCAGACAUGACUCAGAAAGACAAAUUGGUCUUAUCUUACUCUGGAGGGAGAGAGUACAAACUUGGUGACACAGGUCUAAUGUCUCGACUAAAGUUUGUCGGUGACCCCAGCAAAGGUAAUGCUACCAUCAGCAUAUCUUCAUUAAUCAUCGCUGAUACAGCCACCUACCAGUGUAAAGUGAAGAAGCCACCUGGUAUAGACUCACGGAAGAUCACAUUAGUGAUACUUGAGCACCCCUCUGUGCCCAGUUGUUGGGUAAAAAAUGGUGUGGAGGUAGGAGGUACUGUCUCACUAUUGUGUAAAUCAUCUAAGGGCUCAAAUCCUCUAAUCUACAAGUGGACAAAAGAGAAUGGUGAGGCAUUGCCAUCCACAGCAUCCCAGAAUCCUCAGACUGGAGAACUGCUGAUCUAUAACCAUUCACAGAGCUACACAGGCAACUAUGUGUGUGUGGUUAGCAAUGAAGUAGGAAUGGAGCAGUGCAAAUACACAUUGAAAGCAUAUAAUCCAACCAGUCCGGCAGGAAUAAUUGCAGGGGCUGUGAUAGGUGCAUUACUGCUUUUGCUUCUCCUCCUUUUGUUAAUCUGGCUUCUAGUAUGCUGCUACCAGAAGCGUCGCUAUGAAAAGGAAACUGCAAAUGAGAUCAAGGAGGAUGCUGCAGCACCAGAGAGUCAACCUGGAAGCAGGUACUCAAGUUUCCGCUCCAUGUUGGGUUACCACCCCCAUCAAGGAAUCACCUACAGCUCAGUUAGAAACAGUCCAAAAAGGGCUGAUUCAGACUACAGAAGCUUCACUGCCAACCAAGUACCUUCACAAGGGCCACUAAGAUACAACAGCAGAUAUGGUUAUCCUGUAUAAACACAGACACCUUGCUAAGAACAGACCAAUAUACAGAACAUAAAUUGACACUUGGAUUAAAUACUGUACUUUGUGGAUAUCCAUGUGAUUGCUGUGUAUGUUUACUGUCUUUUUGAAGUUAUGUUUGACCAUGAUGUAUUUUCUAAGUCAUAUAUUAUAAAUACAAAAAUAGCAAAGCAUAAUGCUUUUAAUUGUCUUACAAAAAAUCAUUGAUAAUAAAAUUAAUCAGAAAAGCAUUAUAGUAAUGUAAUUAUGGAAUAUAAUUUUCCUUUGAUAUAUUUAAAUAUAGUAGACGGCUUUUUUCCAGAGUCAACAUUGUUCCAAUGUUUUAAGCACUGUUGGCUUAAAACUGUUGAGUAUUUGUAAAAUCAAAAGCUGGUUUGUGUUAUAUGUGAGACCAAAUAUGGGGCUCAGAUCUGGACUCUCUACAGACAAAACCCUGAACCUGAUGUACCUGUUCUCAAGCUAUUUCUUGGUGGAUCACAUCACAAAAAAAAAUAAAAAAUCAUCUCAAGAGA